AUGGAGGAAGGAAGGAAGGAAGGACGGAAGGAAGGAGGACCGGAAGGAAGAAGGAAUGGAGUGGAAGGGACCGGAGGAGGGAAGGAGGAAGGAGGAAGGGAGGAAGGAGUGGAGGAAAUGGAGGGACUGAAGGAGUGGAGGAUGAUGGAAUGGAGGAUGGAGUGGAAGGAGAGGAAGGAAGGAGUGGAGGGAGGAGGAAGGAGGACCGGACCGGGAAGGAAUGGAGUGGAGGAAGAAGGAGGGAAGGAGGACGGAGGGAGGAAUGGAGUGGAGGAAGGAAGAAAGGAGGAAAGAAGAGGACCGGAAGGAGCCGGAAGGAAGGAAGGACCGGAGGGAGAGUGGACGGAGGGAGAGGUGGAGAAUGGACCGGAGGAAUGGAAGUGGAGGAGGAAAGGAGGAGGACCGGAGGGAGGAAGGACCGAGUGA